UGAUCUCCUCGGCCCGUCCAGGGAUGAUUUAUCCCAUCUCCUAUCAGCCAGCAGUCAGAAGACAGAAGUAAUGAAGGGAAGACAGACCCCGCUCCUAAAUUGGGUGGUACGUUGUUUAUCACCCUGCGCUCCAUCAAACUCUUAUCGUCGUCAUGGAUACCAGGACACACAAACGCCGAGCACAAAGCCGCCCCGGCCACAGACAAUAGCCGACCUCGACAAGUCAUUGUGGACACAAGACCAACAGAAACCUUCGUCCAGAGAAGUGGUGAGGGGCGCCGAGGAGACACAAGUUUACUUACUGGAAGUGAAGGGUGUCGGAGCAUCCCCCAACGCCCAGCUGUUACCCCCCAAUACCGGAGGUCCUGAACCCCCCCCACCACAGACCCCCGACGCUGAGAAAGGAAUGUAGACAUGGCUGUGAAGAAGGGGAAGAGUUUACGACCGCUGUCACCACUAUUUGUAGUCAUGAGUUUCAUGGUCGGGGCAGCCUACCCCCUAGAAACAGGGAAUAUGGUGGAUUUCUGCGGUCAGACAAUUAAAGGGGACGGGAUGAUAGUGAAUUCUCACGCGGACUCCAGGAAAUAUUACUUUGUGUCGGUGGGGACGGACUGCCGGCUCACCAUGGAAGCUGCGACUCCGAAGGACAAGGUCCAGUUCCAGUUCCGGUUCUUCCUGGUGUACAGCCUCCUGCGAAUGUCCAAUAUGAGGAGCCCGGGGCAGAACAGCAGCGCACACGCUCCGUCCUCUCUAGAGACCCCCGGCCCCCCUGGAUCUGUCAGUGACCCCUGUAAUGCUGGCUCCUACGUCCAGUUCUAUGACGGAAAAGACCUCCAUGCGGAACCUCUGGGCACCCCGCUAUGUGGAAAGACCACCCCCCGGCCGGUCCUGUCCACCGGCAACUACCUGACCCUUCGCCUGGUCACCCGGGGCCAGCAACCCAGAGUGGACUUUGUGGGAGACUUCACCUCCUUCCGGAUCGGAUUUAAUACCUCCGAGUGCAGACCGGAGCCGUACUUCUACUGCCACAACGGGAAGUGUAUCCCCUCCAGCCUGGUGUGUGAUGAACGGGACAUCGAUAACUGCGGCGACGGCAGCGACCAGUCCGCCAGUCCCCCCGCAAACUGCCAGCGAGACGGGGGGAGGGGAAUGGUGGGAUCCAGGACCCCCAUAGAGGUCAUGGCCACCAGCCCAGCCACUUCCACCAUCCUGCAGACCACCUCUUCUUCUAACCUGAGCUGCGGGAGGGACGGGAACCUCAAGCUGCUUCUUCCAGAAAGUGUUCAGCCUCACGGAUCAAUCACAGAAAGAAGAUCGUACCUCUACUUGUACGUCAUCCUGGGCUUAGUGGUCGGUGUGGCUCUCUUGUUUUGGUGUUGCUGGUCGCCGGGUUGGUUUAUAUGGAGGAUCAGCGUCUGCCGCUUCGUCCCUUGCUGUAACUCUUUCUGCGCCUCCUGCCACCUCUGUACCCGCAGCUGCGUUCUGAGGGACAAAAGUCGGCCUAGUAAAGUGACGCCUCAGAGCACGGCAUCGACUGUGCCCGUGUGAUCAUUCACCUCUGUGCCAUGUGACUGACCCAACAUGGCUGGUUCCUGUGCCAUAUGAUGGACCCAGCAUGGCUUGUUCCUGGUUCCUGUACCAUAUGAUGGACCCAACGUGGCCUGUUCCCAAUUCCUGUGCCAUGUGACCAACCCAGCAUGGCUUGAUCCCGGUUUAUGUGCCAUAUGAUAGACCAACCAUGGCCUAUUCCCAAUUCCUGUGCCAUGUGACCAACCCAGCAUGGCUUGUUCCCAAUUCCUGUGCUAUAUGAUGGACCCAACACGGCCUGCUCCCAAUUCCUGUGCCAUAUGAUCGACCCAGCAUGGCUUGUUCCCAAUUCCUGUGCCAUAUUAUGGACCCAACAUGGCCUUUUCCCAAUUCCUGUGCCAUAAGAUGGACCAAAAUAUGGCUUGUUCCCAAAUCCUGUGCUCUAUGAUGGACCAAAACAUGGCUUGUUCCCGGUUCCUGUGCCAUAUGAUGGACCCAACAUGGCUUGUUCCCGUUUCCUGUGCCAUAUGAUGGACCCAACAUGGCCUGUGCCAUGUGACCAACCCAGCAUGACCUGUUCCCGAUUCCUGUGCCAUAUUAUGGACUCAACAUGACCUAUUCCCAAUUCCUGUCCCAUAAGAUGGACCAAAACAUGGCUUGUUCCCGGUUUCUGUUGGAAACACUUAGUGGAUCACAUGGAGAAGUGGGAACUCUUGCUGGAGAUUGUGAGUACAUGUCUACCUCUAUCCAAUCACUCAGAUUAUCAUCAGACACGGUUUCCUGACUUGUUGGACAACAAGGUGAUGGCAUCCACCUGGCCCUUCAUAUUUAUAAGCUUUGUGUACAAAUUAUUUCUUCUGUAAAUACAGAAUAUAUACCUUCA